AUGAGUUUCGUGCCAAAGGAGACAAUCGAAGUCAUCGCACAGAGCAUCGGCAUCACCAAUUUGUCCCCCGAUGUUGCUCUUGCUCUCGCCCCCGAUCUCGAAUAUCGCAUUCGCGAAAUCAUGCAGGAGUCGAUAAAAUGCAUGCGCCAUUCAAUGAGAACUUUCCUUAGUGCAGAGGAUGUGGAUACUGCACUUGCAUUGAGAAAUUUGGAGCCAAUAUAUGGGUUCACCUCUAAUGAUCCUCUGAGGUUCAAAAGAGCUGCUGGACAUAAGGAUUUGUUCUACAUCGAUGACAAAGAUGUGGAUAUCAAAGAUCUUAUUGAAGCUCCUUUACCAAAAGCACCCCUUGAUACAUCUAUUACCAGUCACUGGUUGGCUAUUGAAGGUGUGCAACCUGCAAUUCCUGAAAAUGCUCCAGUUGAAGCUCCCUCUGAGACAAGAAAAUCUGAAUAUAAGGAAGAUGGGCUUUCUGUUGAUGUUAAAUUACCUGUUAAACAUUUAAUAACAAGGGAGCUUCAGCUUUACUACGAGAAAAUUACUGAGCUAACAUUAAAUAAGCCCGGAUCCAUUCCGUUCAGAAGAGCAUUGGUUAGCUUGGCAACGGACUCUGGACUCCAUCCCUUAGUUCCAUAUUUCACAUGCUUUGUUGCUGAUGAGGUGGCACGUAAUUUACAUAAUUUAGCUGUUUUAUUUGCCUUGAUGCGUCUUGCGCGGAGCCUUGUGAAAAAUUCUCAGAUACACAUUGAGCUUUAUCUACAUCAAUUGAUGCCACCUGUCAUUACUUGUAUUGUUGCAAAAAGGAUGGGAAACAGACUAUCUGAUGAUCACUGGGAGCUUAGGAACUUCAGUGCUAAUCUUGUUGCUUCAAUAUGCCUUAGAUUUGGGCAUAUUUAUCACAAUCUGCAACCACGUGUGACAAAGACAUUUCUUCAUUCUUUUUUGGACCCUACAAAAGCUCUGCCUCAACACUAUGGUGCAAUUAAAGGGAUAGAAGCUCUUGGAUCAAGACUGAUUCGCUUGCUUAUACUUCCAAACCUCGAGCCAUAUUUGCAUCUUCUUGAGCCAGAAAUGCAACCUGAGAAACAAAAAAAUGAGAUGAAGAGGCAUGAAGCUUGGCAAGUAUAUGGGGCUUUGUUGGGUGCAGUAGGCCAAUGUGUGCAUGAAAAGGUAAAAAAUUUCAGCAAUUUGCUCACUCCUCCAACUCGGGUUACUUCAAGAGGCAAUGGAAAAGCCAUGAUUCAGAUGUCAGGCAAACGAAAAGCCAGUGCUGACAAUCUGAUGCAACAGCAACAGCAACCUCCAAUGAAGAAACUUUCAACAGAUGGCCCUGGAGGUGUAAUACCAAUGAACUCCAUGUCAGUUGACAUGCAAGGUUCAACAGGUGGAUUUUCCACCAUUAUGGGGGCUCCUUCGAUGUCGAUGACACGGCAAAUAUCGAGCGAAAACAUAUCAGGUAAGGAGGUUGGAGAUCAACAAAGGAAGGUGUCUGCCACUCUUGCUCAGGCUUGGAAGGAUGACAUAGAUGCAGGAAAUUUGGUGUCAUCAGUGGUUGAAUUGUUUGGGGAAAGGGUGUUACCAUUUGUUCCAAAUCCUGAAGCAUUUAUGUUUUUGUAG